AUGGCGGGAGAAAUGUUUGUCAUCGGGAAUCCCCUGCUGGACAUGGUCGCCGAGGUUCCGCUCUCCUUCCUCGAGAAAUUCUCCCUGAAGCGCGGCGAGGCGACUCUCGCUGAGUCGACGCAGAAACCGCUCUACGGUGAACUAGAGCAAAAUUUUGAAGUGACUUUCUUGCCUGGAGGAAGCGGCCUGAACACGGCCCGCGUGACUCAAGCCCUCUUUCAGACGCGCGGGGCGGUCGCGUACAGAGGAGCCGUUGGGAACGACAAGCACGGUCAGCAGCUGACGGAGCUCUGCGAGAAAGAAGGCGUGGCUGUCCGCUUCUCGGUUAUCCCUGAGCAAGAAACGGGCGUCUGCGCAGUGUUGGUGAACGAAAAAGAGCGCAGCUUGUGCACGGAGCUCGGCGCCUGCCUCUCCUUUCGCCUCCCUGAGGACUGGCUAGCCCUCGCGCCCAACGCCCGCGUCUUCUACGCGGCAGCCUACGCUCUUUCGGCGUCGCCGGACAACGUCCUGGGGCUGGCGCGCCACUGUGCACGCCGGCCUGACGCCGUGUUUGCCUUCAACUUGUCUGCGGGUUUUUGCAUCGAGCUGUACAAGGACGCGAUGACUGCGCUCUUUCCUCUGACGAAUAUUCUUAUCGGCAACAACGAGGAGUACGAGCUGUUUGCGCGCGUCCACGGCUUGGUGCCUGACGACGCGAAGGAGGUGUCCGCCCUGAACGACACUCAGGCCGUGGAGAUCUGCAAAGGCGCCCUCGGCCUCCUCACCAGUGGAGCGCAGGCAGGCGCGCGCAAACUAGCGGUGAUGACGCGGGGCAAGAAAUCUGUCAUUGCUGCAGAAAAACUCGCGGACGGGACUGUCGUCGUCUACGAGGAGGAGACUCCCGCAGUCCCAGACGACAAGUUGGUUGACACCAACGGAGCAGGCGACGCCUUCGCCGGCGGAUUCUUGUACGGCUUCUUGCGGGGCCGAUCAGUGCGCGAGAGCAUUGCUUGCGGCGACUUCUGUGCAGGAAACGUGAUCAUGCAUGAGGGCUUUGCCUUCGACUUCUCCUCGUGCCCAUUCCGGUGA